CAUGGCGCUCUCCUGCAGACAGAUUUUGUUGAUGAUCGGGAUGCUUGUUACAGGGAGCAUCAACACGUUGAGUAAAAAAGCACAAAACGACUGUAGAGCGCCAGGAUACCCAGCACACAAUGCUAAUGGUACAACACCAUCUCAUGAAUUUAACCAUCCAUGGUUCCAGACUCUCAUCAUGUUCAUCGGGGAGACGAUUUGUUUGAUUGGUUUUUGCGUGGUGCGUAAACGGGACCGAGAUAAGUGGAGGGCAGAGAAUCAUAUUAAUGCAGCUGAGAUGCCACACCCAAACAGGCUGAUACAGCUGGUUGUAGCGUUCCCAACUGUAUGUGAUCUGAUUGGAACUUCACUGGCAGGUAUUGGCCUAGUGUAUGUGGAUGCAUCAGUCUGGCAGAUGUUACGUGGAUCAAUCAUUAUAUUUGCAGGGAUUUUAUCAAGGAUUUUCCUCAAACGCAAGCUUGGAUGUAUAAAAUGGACGGGGAUGUUAUUCACCAUGGGGGGUUUGGUGCUUGUGGGCUGUUCCAGUAUAUUUAAGGCUGACAGGAGCAACCAACAGGCUGGAAAUACAAUCCUAGGUAUAAUUCUGAUUGUUUCCAGUCAGCUUGUUAGUGCUUCUCAGAUGAUUGUAGAGGAAAUAUUUCUCAAGAAAAGGAGUCUUCAUCCACUUCAGGUUGUUGGACUGGAGGGAAGCUAUGGUGUGAUCUUUAUGUCUGUGAUAGUCCUUCCAGCUAUGUACUAUAUCCCGGGGUCGGAUGUAAACAACAGCUACGAGAACAGUCUGGAUGCCCUGUACCAGAUUGCCAAUGAACCCCAAUUACUUGUGUUUUGUCUUCUAUAUCUGCUCUCUAUUGCCUUCUACAAUUAUUUUGGUCUUGCUGUCACCAAGUCUCUCACAGCGGUACAUCGUACUUUGAUUGAUGCCUGCAGAACAAUGUUAGUCUGGGGCAUGGAUCUCUUUAUCUACUACGCCUUUGACAAGGGUUUUGGUGAACCGUUUGAUACAACCUAUGGUCUUUUACAAGUGGAUGGUUUCUUGUUCCUGUUGAUAGGAACAGCUCUGUAUAACAAUCUUGUUGAUCUCCAUUGGAUACCCUGUCUACGCGGCUGUAUCUCACAACCUGAAACUCAACCAAUACCUCACCUGGGCAACAUCCAGCAGUCGAGCGACUCGGAGAGUGACGAUGAAUAUAACUCUGUGUCAGAGAGAACUAGACUUUUACAAGGAAAUGACUGAAUAAUAAAAACGUUGGUAAUAUAAAUAUACCAGGUGUGCCAAAACUGGAUCAGUCUGUACAAUCUGACCCCAUCACAUGGAUACAUUUUACUGAUUGUCAAAAACACAUGUUUUAUUCAUUUUAAUUGAUAAAAGUGGAGUGUAACAAAACACAUAGGUUAGACAGAUUUCAGAUUAGACAGGGUUCAAUGGUUUUUAAAACCUAUUAACUAAAAAUAAUAUUAAGUAGCCACAAAUAUCCAUGAAUAAUUUGUAAAUUGUGGAUAAGAAAUAAAAGCUUUCCUUCAUUUUCUUCUUUUCAAAACAAUUAUUUUAUUAAAUUUGAAGUUUUAAAAUAUAUUUAUGUAAAUUUGACCAUUGGGAAACAGUAAUUGUGUAGUAAUUUGAAUUUGGCGAUGGGAGAGGAAGGAACUCUGUGGUGUGAAAAAAUAACUCAGUGAUGUGAGAAAUCUGUGAGAAGGAACUCUGUGGUGUGAAAAAAUAACUCAGUGAUGUGAGAAAUCAGUGAAAAGGAACUCUGGUGUAAAAACUCAGUGGUGUGAGAAAGAGUAAAUUGGUCAUGUGAGAAAUCAGUGAUGUGAGAAGAAAGGACUCUGGUAAGAGAAAUUGAUGAGAGAAUUCAGAAGUCGGUGAUAUGAGAAGUAAUUGAAGUGUGAAAUAGCAAUGUUUUUAUGCAACUCUACACUUUCUUGCUGUUCCAAUUUCAGAUUACAAAAACUUAUUUGUGGAAAAUUAAGUAUAUGCAACAUUUUUUUUCUUGAAGAAAUCAGAUGCUACAAUACCCAUCUGUGGUUUGAUCUGGUUAUACUCCCAUGUUACAAUGCUGACAACAAAUGUUCAUAUUUUCAAUUUAUUUUCAUCAGCAAUAAAUACAAGACCAUAUUCUUUCAUUUAAAUGUGCCAAAUUCAUAAAGCUGUUUGAAAAAAAUAGGGUUGUAUGAUUAAUCAUUUACAUUCCAAAAUAAUAUAUUUAUUCAGGUUGAAUACACAUUAGUGUCUUUGAAAUGUAGGUUGAUGAAUUUGGUUUUUUUUUUAGAUAAUUAGGGAUGAUCUGUUUUGUUUCCCAAUGAGAGAAAUUCACUAUAGAAUUUUUUUUGUAUAUAUGGAUGUAUCAUAAACUUUUAUCACAUUUGAAUUCAUAUAGAUUAGGUACAUUUGCUGCAGCUAAUAACAUGACCAUAAUUUAAAUUAUAGAAUCCAACUUUAUAGGUUCUUUUGUAGACUCUGCAAUGUAUUAUGUCCGAAUAUUUCUAAUGAAAAUAAAAUUUUACUGUUGUGAACAAAAAAAGUUUUUCUGUAUGAAAUUAAAAUAAAAUCAACACAAACAAAUUGUCUCUUAAUUAUUGAUUUAAUAAUAUCAAAUACACAGCAUUUCUAACCGAUAUAGUAACAGCACAAUCAGCCUCAUGCUAUAUAAUGUUUGAGUGUAAUACAAAGCUACCUAGAAUUGAUAAUCACAUAAUGUACAAUACCUAUUUAUGGUGAUAAGUCUUACAGCAGUAAUGGUCUGGAACACACAGUAUUUUGUCUACAACAGUGUUUAGCACGGCUACAGCCAUAUCUAACAAGGCUACGGUAUUUUGUCUACAACAGUGUUUAGCACGGCUACAGCCAUAUCUAACAAGGCUACGGUAUUUUGUCUACAACAGUGUUUAGCACGGCUACAGCCAUAUCUAACAAGGCUACGGAGAUGUGUUACAGGUAAGGCGGUGUUUAUUGAUGAUCAAUUUUGGUGUCACAAAGUUAACAAGAUACAGGUUUGUUAUUUUCAUGGUUUCAUCAAUUACCAAACAUGGCCAUCAUGUAUACAUUCUGGUAGUUCCGAAAACACCUUUUUUCCCCAAUCACUACCCAGUGACAGUGUCUAUAACUUGAUUAGUUUUGGUAAGUCUUAAAUGUGGUUAUAUCGGGUCUGGUUCCCGACAUAAAUGUGCCAAAACUAAAUAUUUACAUGUAGACAGCUCUCAAAUACUUCCUGAUCAUGAGCGGUCUGAACAGUUUACCUCCUACACUUAAAUCUUUGGUAAUAUAAUAUGCAUCUGCUUCUGGUUAGUAUUUGUAGAAAAAAAAGUACUGUUUUUCUAUAAGUACUUACCAGAUGCAGACACCUGUGGAUUUAUUGAUAAAUUAAGUAGAUUAGGUGACUUUUGUCAUCGAUUUUUUUUUCAGUCGUUAAAAUUUACCAAAAUGCAUCAUAAAGACAGUUUUUACCUUUUGUUGAAUUCAUGUUAGCAUCUUAGAAAUUCAGGAAAAUAACACUACCACAUACACACAGUAUAUAAAGUAGAUACAUUGACAGUUUUACGUCCAUCGACAAAGUCAAUUAAGGACUUCUGACUAACAACCUGUGUACAUGGACAAUAGUCUAUAAUGAACACUUUGUUUGAGAGUCUUUUUACAGACAAAAUCUAUGGCAUAUUUUGUAUAUCCACUUUCUUGUGUUUAAACUUAAAUUUAAAAAGUAAAGGCAUUAUAUCAUGAUGGAACAAAAUAAAGUAAAUAUUAAAUAUCUUGUGCUUUAAUUGUAAUGUUAAUGUCAAGGUCAUCACACCAACAAUGGACAUCACAUGUCCUUAAAUGUCAAGGUCACAACACUGAACACUAAAUGUCAAGGUCAAUAUAAUAAUCAACAUUGGGAAUCAUAUGUACUGUCAAGGUCACAACAUAUAACAUUGGAUUGGACAUCAAAUUACCUCAAUGUCAAGGUCAAUACAAUAAUCAACAUUGGGAAUUAUAUGUAAUGUCAAGGUCACAACAUAUAACAUUGGAUUGGACAUCAAAUGUCCUCAAUGUCAAGGUCAAUACAAUAAUCAACAUUGGGAAUUAUAUGUAAUGUCAAGGUCACAACAUAUAACAUUGGAUUGGACAUCAAAUGUCCUCAAUGUCAAGGUCAUUGCAUAAUGUCCUUAAAGACAAUACAAUAUUUCAAGAGAGGUCACAAUCUUGCUAGUAAUGUCAGACACAACAGUAGACAUAUUUUUACAGGAAACGUUAUAAAUCAUGGUGCUGUAUGUACAUAUACAUAUAGCAUCAUGAUCUAAAGAUAUUUCUAGUAUAAAACAUGUCUAGUGUUGUGUCUGACUGACAAUAAUGAAGACUCAACUAUGUCUUACUGAGAGGUCAAGGUCACAAGACUCACAACAUUAUACUGGACAUCCUAGUCAUCCUUACAAGGUCAGACUAUACUAACAACAUAACGAGUAUACCUGGAUAACAUACCCCAUACUCUCUGUGUCAACUAACAUUUUGUUGAUAUUCUCUCCUUUAACAAGACUGAUAUGCUGAACUACCCACUCAGAUUAUAACUCAAGCUUACACUCAAUUCCUGAAUGGUCUACUCAGCUUAACAUACUCUCUCAGAAUUCCUGUACAGUCUCUUCUGUUUUCCUGUCACCAACUCUCUCAGACAUUCUGAAGAUUCACAUUUAUAGAUUACAUAAAAGUUUAUAAUGUACAUUGUAUGUAGUAAGUUUUAUUUGUUUUAUCAUGCCUCACAAUGAUCUUUUUUCUGACAGAACUCACAACACAAAACAAGAGUAAGAGAGGUAAAAUGUGAUGGAGAUGAGUAAAUUAUCUCCUACUUUAAAGCAAUAGAACAAUGAGUAAAUUAUCUCUUACUUUAAAGCACUAGAACAAUGAGUAAAUUAUCUCCUACUUUAAAGCACUAGAACAAUGAGUAAAUUAUCGCUUACUUUAAAGCACUAGAACAAUGAGUAAAUUAUCGCUUACUUUAAAGCACUAGAACAAUGAGUAAAUUAUCUCCUACUUUAAAGCACUAGAACGAUUAGUAAAUUAUCUCCUACUUUAAAGCACUAGAACAAUGAGUAAAUCAUCUCUUACUUUAAAGCACUAGAACGAUUAGUAAAUUAUCUCUUACUUUAAAGCACUAGAACGAUUAGUAAAUUAUCUCCUACUUUAAAGCACUAGAACGAUUAGUAAAUUAUCUCCUACUUUAAAGCACUAGAACGAUGAGUAAAUUAUCUCCUACUUUAAAGCACUAGAAUGAUGAGUAAAUUAUCUCCUACUUUAAAGCACUAGAAGGAUUAGUAAAUUAUCUCUUACUUUAAAGCAAUAGAAUGAUUAGUAAAUUAUCUCCUACUUUAAAGCACUAGAACGAUUAGUAAAUUAUCUCCUACUUUAAAGCACUAGAACAAUGAGUAAAUUAUCUCCUACUUUAAAGCACUAGAACAAUGAGUAAAUUAUCUCCUACUUUAAAGCACUAGAAC